CUAGCAACCUACUUCCACCUCCAUCUUUUGCCCCGCCCACUGCUUACUCCAGUGCGGGGUUUCAGAGUCCUCCAGGCCCGGGCUUGGGAGAGCCACUGCCAAUGGUUGAAUAAAUUAUUCCAAUUAUUUGUUAACUAUUGUUUAAAAAUAGAGAAAAAGGAUACACUAUGUCUGAUGAAGUUUUCAGCACAACUUUGGCAUAUACAAAGAGUCCAAAAGUUACAAAAAGAACUUCAUUUCAGGAUGAGCUGAUCAGAGCAAUUACAGCCCGGUCAGCUAGGCAGAGGAGUUCUGAGUACUCGGAUGACUUUGACAGUGAUGAGAUCGUUUCUUUAGGUGAAUUUUCUGAUAUCUCAACAGAUGAAAAUUCAGCAAAGAAAAAAGUUAAUGAUUUUCACAUAUCUGAUGAUGAGGGAAAGAAUUCUCCAAGACUAUCUUUUUUGAAAACCACGAAAACAAACAAUGGCAUAACCAAAGAUGAGUCAGAAUUUGCCAUCAAGAGCAGUGAGGAAGUGUGGCCUGACAGCUGUACAGAUACAGUUCGAAAUCCCUUCUCCCAGUCUCAGAAUGAUGAUCAAGAAGCUGAGAAAGAGAAAAUUCAAAUGAAACCUAAACCCAGAAAUCUUCCCAUCAAAAGAAGCACAUCUCCAGCAGAAAGCAGCAGCAGUCUUGAUGCAGACAGCCACUUGAAGCCAUUGCCUCGGCCAAGGAGCAUGUUAAAAAAGAGCAGCCACACAGAUGGACUGGGCGAUGAUGAAGACCCAGCCCCAAGUGGAGACCCAGCUUCUGCACCUUCUUCCCUUCCAAGGCAGAAUGGCACAGAGUCAGAAGCCGAGGAAAAAGCACGCCCUGCAAACCUUUAUCUUGAGGAUUCAUUGUUACCAAGUCUGACCUCAUCAUUCCUCAAAGAAAGUCUUGGAAAUUGCUUCUCAGCAGAAUCUAGGGACAAAUCAUCCAUAAAAGAUCCUGAUGGAGAAGUCACUGCAAAUUCUGAUUCCUUCAUAUCAAAGGAAAAUGAACGAAAUUCACUUUUGGUAGACUGUGUUACUCCUGAACUUGAGAAACCCAAAGAAGGUCAAAUGGCAGCUGAUACUGAUGCUGACCUUGAAGAAGAAAGGGAGAAAGCUGGGUUUACAGAUGAUGACUUAACCACUGAUCCACUGCUGUCCACGUCUCCAAGUGUCUUAACACCCACUGAUGCAGCGGACUCUGCAAAGAAAACAAUUGAAGACAGAAACAGGAAGAAUAAAAUGUCAACGAACAAUAGAGUAUCCAGUGCCUCUGGCAGAUUAAUGACCUCUGAAUUUUUAAAGAAGCCGAGUUCUAUAAGGAGAAGUCCAUCCGCAACUACCUCUUCUCACUACUUAGGGACUUUAAAAGUCUUAGACCAAAAACCUUCACGAAAACAGAGCCUGGAACCUGACAAAGCAGAUCACAUAAGGGCGGCUGUUUAUCAGGAGUGGUUAGAAAAGAAAAAUGAGUAUUUACAUGAAAUGCACAGAAUAAAAAGAAUUGAAAGUGAAAACCUGAGGAUCCAAAAUGAACAGAAAAAAGCGGCUAAGAGAGAGGAAGCUCUGGCGUCGUUCGAGGCCUGGAAGGCUAUGAAAGAAAAGGAGGCGAAGAAAAUAGCUGCACAGAAGAGGCUGGAGGAAAAAACCAAAAAGAAAACGGAGGAAGAAAGUGCUGUGAGGAAAGGAGAGGCCUUGCAGGCUUUUGAAAAAUGGAAAGAGAAAAAGAUGGAGUACCUGAAAGAGAAAAGCAGGAGGGAGAGAGAGUACCAAAGAGCCAAGAAGCAGAAGGAGGAGGAAGCGGUUGCUGAGAAAAAGAAAGAUAGCUUAACUGCUUUUGAGAAGUGGAGUGAAAAAAAGGAAGCGCUUUUUAAACAAAAGGAAAAGGAGAAGAUAAACGAGAAGAGAAAGGAAGAACUGAAAAAAGCGGAGAAGAAAGAUAAGGACAAGCAAGCCCUUAGCGAGUAUGAGAAGUGGCUGGAAAAGAAAGAAAGACAGGAACGAAUUGAACGGAAACAAAAGAAACGUCAUUCCUUCCUUGAAAAUGAGGCGCUCCCUCCCUGGAGCCCUCCAAACAGAACUGUGUCCUCAAAAGUAUUUUGACAAUUCUGGUUCUUACAUUAUUUAUCAAUUCACCAACUCUAACCAUGGAUUUAAAACCACUUGCUUAAUUAUUUAUAAUUAGAAGAAUCUAUUUUAAUUAAGUGCAGAAACUUCUGCUGACAAUGAAAAAGAUACCCUGGCAUUUCAUCAGUGAAAGCAUUUCUUGAACUAUAGAUAAACUGCCUCACAGAAGAAAAGCGUAUAAUCAGGUUGCUGGGAAAAUUAAAAUGCAUAAAGCUUUGUCAUGUCCUGAUAAUUCCUGAAGUGGAGUGAUCCACGGUCACUGUCACUAAACUCUGCAUGUUUUUAAAGUGUAUUUAAUUCCUCUAACAGAAAGGAUGCCGCGUAGGUACCAGAACCAUCAACUAAGUGAAUUGGUAGAAGCUUGUGCAUCCUGUUUGGCGUUUGUAAAUGAAUGGUCCCUGGGGAGUAUGUAUGCAUAUAUCAUUUCUUCUAACUCUGAUACUCAGCGCAAAGCAGUUGCAUCUGCUCUGUGAAAGUUAGAGUCUUGGUGGGUUGAGGCAGUAUAUCUCUAAUCAGUGAGUCACUUUGCUAAGAAUUUUGCCUCAUGCUUUAAUCUGAGUGUGUGUUACCUGUUUCAGGCUUACGUGACAAUCACAGGCACUUUUACAAUGGGCUCAUCUGAAGUUUUCUUUCUAAGUUCUUUCUCACUUUGUUUACUGUUUCAUUAACACUAAAAGUCAUCAACUUCGUGGCAGUGGUAUAUUUAGCACUGUAGUUUUGAAAUUUCAUUGGAGUUCAAGGUCAUUGACAAAAUUAUUUCUAGAAUAACAUUAUAAAGGUGAUGACGGCAACUAUUGCCCUCUUAACUGAUCUAAAGUUUUGCCAGUUUGCAUUUAGAAGCAGCUGAAUAGGAAAAUGAAUUUGUAAAAAUGUUCAUGAACCUUUAUUUAUUUAUUUGAUUGCUGCUUAUCCUGUAUCAACUGGUCUCAUACUUGACCUGGUCAUCUAUUUUAAUACAGACCAAUUGUUCAGAUACUGCUGUAGUUAAUAAUGCAAUGCAGAGACAAUCAAUGAAGAAGCAGCUGUUACCAUUGAUUAAGCACUUAUAUCAUCUCUGCUGGAUCUUUACAAAUACUAAUUGUCAGCUUUGCAACAACUAUCAGGGUAGGUCUUAUUAGCUUCAUUGCACAAAUAAAAAUAUUGAGGCCCAGGAAAUAACAAAUAACUUGCCAUAAAACUAACAUGUGACCUGUUGGGGAUCAGCAGUGGGUGUGUCUCUGUCUGAGCAUCUCCCUCCAGAGACAUGUGUCCACAGAUUGUGUGUUCUGACAAGACUUCUGUAUUAAUCAACCUUACAAGUGCAUGCGAGUUCUCAGAGCCUCCUGUUUAGAGAUUAUAUUUUUCUAGUUACUUGAGAUGCUAGACCUUCUUAAAUCUAUAAAAUGAAGUGAGAGUUCAUGGGAUUUAAGGUAUUAGCCAAACAUCUUGUAGCUAAUAUAAAAAAGGCAGCAGGUUUUGUAGUCUUUGAGAUUUCAGGAUUUUACCCGUUGGGCAGUAAUCUUACUGUGUUGUGUGCAUACAAAACAAGAUGUUACGAACUGCUUUGUAACAUCACAAAUUGUAUCACAUGAAUAAGGGACAUCCACAGAGUAGACUAAAAGCCUUUUGAUAUUUCCAGAAGUUGAAAUGGUUACCAGCCAUAUGUGCUAUAAGGAAGGAUUCAGAUCUUCCUAUUCGUGUGUUUCCCCACAAUACCCAACACUAAACCUGCCAGGAUAGAUUAAUAAGGGCUUCUUAUAUUGAGGGUAUCAGUACAGGUAAAAAGAUGUUUGCAAAUUCCAGGGAACUAAAAGGAAAAUCAGACAAAGGAACAGCUCCUUUUGGGGAUCAGAUACCAUAGAUGUAUGUGUCCUGAGUGUCACAUGUAGUUUAAAUACUUUAACUCCCUGAUUCUACAGUAUUGUGUUUGGUAUUUUACCAUUGUCUCCUAAAUUGUGAUAAUUAAAUGACAUCAGUUAACUGAUAUAAAGUGUCUGGAACAUAAGGACUCAAAUAUUCAGUGUCAUCAUUUACCACAUGCACAUGAACAGGAGGUUAAUAUUGGGGAAGCCAGUGGGGCAGGGAACAGACAAUGGUUAUUUGAUAUCUCCCAUUUUCAGCAUACCGGACAAAGUCUUCUCCCUCUGGCCAGUCUGUGCUGUACCAUUGACAAUCAAGCACUGCCUUGAGGAAGACCCUCUUAGAAACCCAAAGGCUGAUUUCUUAAGUCUGCCUCUGAAGCAAAUGUAAUGACAAGUUGAGGUUUUCUCAGACACGGAAUGUCGUUUCCCUCAAAUGUGAUUUGAGAUUUUUAUCUUUCUAGGAUAAGUAGUAUGUUGUUUCUAACUUAUAGUAACCUAUAUUCAACCUAUGUUGAUAAUAUUAAAUUAUAUAUUUGAAUAAAAUUACCUCUCAUAGCAAAAAUAGAGCUCUGGUUUUGGUGGUGGGUGAGCAUCCAGUUCUAUAAUGUUGCAUCCUUUCUUAGAUCCAGAAGGAGAAUCAAACUUGGGCAUAUUCUCUUAUCUGUUUAAGGGACUUGACUUUCCUAUGUUACCUUAGAAAGCACCAAAUAUCAAUAUAGAUAUCUAUUUACUCAUUGGAUUUCAUUAAUUUAUAAUAAUCAAAAUAUAAAACUUAACAAAGUAAGUUCCAUAAUCACAACAGCAAAAAUAUAUUAUACAAGUAAAAAGAAAUAAUGUAGCACUUUAGAUGUCAAAGAAAGUCAGGUUUCCUUAAGGAAAGAAGCUAAGAACUAGUUUACCAGCAUUCCAGUGACUUACAUCUAAUGUUCAUUGUUGCCAAAGCAAUACCUCUUACGAGAGUGGUAGCUACAGUUGUAUGCUCCAUGCAGUGAUAUAACUAAGUUAAUAAACCUGGCCCCGAUGAUUUCUAAAUUGGAUAAUCUACUUCCCAACCAUUUUGGCUUCUCAAUACAUCUAGUGUUAUUCAGUCUAUCAGUGUCUGCUUGUCAUCCCGCUUGGGGUUGUCUGGUUAAAUGCUCACACUAGCUUUCUUUAGCUGUGGUUGUCGCUCUCCUGUUCCCUUUCCUUCCCUGCCUUCCCCAAACUAUGCUCCAGUUUACAGCUGUUUGAGUACUCACAUUGCUAUUUAAAAUAUGGGAAAAUAGUGAAAUGUCUUCAAUCCUGAGUCAUGGACUAAGAGAAAACAAAGAAAAGAGAUUUCACAAAAUAGGAGACAGUGCAAGUUAGUAAAAAUCAUUGUCAGAAAUAAGCUAUUACAGAAAACGUGCCUAAUUUAAUCUUGAUUCUGACUUCAGUAGUACCAUAUCAAAAGAUAUUUAAACCCCUGUGCUUCCAUUCUACACAAAACAAAUAAGUUGUUGAUUUUCCUCAUUCCUGUUGCACUGGGGAAAGAAUAAUAAAAUGCUGUUAAAUGCUGAGCUGGAGGCUUCUCCAAGUGCUUUUACUCUAAAAUGUCAUGUGGUGCUGCUAAUUUGGAAUGCGUUUACUAGGUAUACUGAUAGUUGUAUAAUGUUGACCAGGCUAGAUGAAGUACUUGGUAUUGAAUUUAGGGUGUCUUAGGAAUUACUGAGGGAGAUAUAUUUAAUGCCUGCUCAUUGGUAGUAUGUUUUCAUAUAAUACUUGAUUUACUAAAGUCAACCACUCAAGAUUUAUUUUAUUGAGUGAUAUAAUUUAUUGACUUUAUACCAUAUUUCAUCUGUUAAGAAAUGUGAUGUGGGUUUAUUUCUGGACUAAAGAUAAAAAUAUGUCAUGUUGAUAUUUCCAACCUAAACUUUGUUAUAAACCAAUUUUAUCAUACAGUUUGAAAUAUAAUUAUUAAAUGAUAGAAAAUGCAAAUAAGUUAAAUCACCCCAUGUUCCCAUCUCCUGACAAUAACUGUAGUUAGCCCAGUAUCUUUUACCCAGUUUUAUUUUCUAGUGCAUUUUCUCCCGUAGCUGAAAUGAAGAGAAUAAAGGAAGGAACCUACCCCCCCCCCAGCUUCCGCUUCUCUGUCGGUCUGCCUCUCCUCCUCCUCCUGUCUCCCUGUGCUACCUAAGUAUAUACACAUAUGUCUCUGUGUUUACAGUAUGUAUUUUAUUCUUUAAAAUAAAAAUGAGAUCAAGCCACAUAUUUGGUAACUAGAUUUUUCUAUUCAAUAAUAUGUCAAAGAAUAUUUCUGCACUAAUAUACUUUUAGUAACUUUUGAUACAGUGCCUAUGAUUUAUUUAACUUAUGCCUGGGUAAUUUGUUUCCUUACAUGUUACAAGAUGUGUUCCAUGCCCUUGUAGCAGUAUCAGUACUGAAGACAGUGAGUCUCAUUAAAUAAAAUUAAAGACUAACAGAA